AUUUUUCCUGAGUUUUUUUUUUUCGCCCCCUUGGCAUUGUAUUUUAUAAGAGGCCUCUAAUGUAGAGAAACUAUUUUAGGCUCGAAUUACUAGUUGUAAAACAGUAGAGGGCGCCAUAUUUUAGCUUUUUAUCCGGAAGUUGAGUAACCACAGUCAUCAUUUUGAAUCUGUAGUUCAGCUAACUGUCUUCUGUUUGCUAGUGUUAGCUAGCGUUGAAACGCUAACAUUUAAGUUUGUCGUAUAUGUAGACGAUGUGGACUAAAUGCCAAAGUAAUGCCGCGUGCGGAACAAUGUAGUGAAUACCGUGAAGUAAUGUGAGCUCAUCGCGACUUCGUUCAUUUACUAUGAGCUCCCUAUCAGCCCAGACUCCGGCAUCAAGCUCAUCAUGCAGAACACUACCGGGAGAAGGGAAUCAGGUACAACCAAAAGCCCCUCUCCUGCAAAUUCUGCGUGUGGCUGGAGCCCAGGAAGACGUCUUCACGCUCAAAGAGGUGAUGCACUACUUGGGUCAGUACAUCAUGGGGAAGCAACUGUAUGACAAACAGAGGCAGCACAUAGUCCACUGCCAGGAUGAUCCUUUGGGAGAGCUGCUGGAAGUGGAGAGCUUCUCUGUUAAAAACCCGAGCCCAGUGUAUGAAAUGCUUAAGAAGUACUUGGUUGUGAUCGACUGUGCUGACGCUGCAGAGAAUCUUUCUGUGGGCCGUGAAUGUGUAGAGAGCGGAGUGGAGGAUCGUGGUCAGAUGUGUGGAGGUGUGGUCAAAGCAGGUUUGGAGGCUGGCAGUGAUGGGCCUCUCCUGCAGACCCCCUCCCAGAGACGACCUCGGGAGCCAGAUGAUGACUCUCUAGAAGGUUUACCACGCUCAGCCUGCAAGCGACCCAAGCUGGAUGUUACUCUGGAUGAGUGGGAUCUCUCUGGCUUGCCCUGGUGGUUUUUGGGUAAUCUCCGCAGUAACUAUAGCCGCAGAAGCAACGGCUCCACUGACAUCCACACAAACCAACUGUCUCUUGCACAGGAGGAGGAUACUGCCAUUGUGUCAGACACCACUGAUGACCUCUGGUUCCUCACUGAGGGUGAGAGUGAACAGGUGAGCGUGGAGAUGAAAGAGGCUGCACUGGAAGAAGGGAGCAGAGAAGAAGGAGAGCCUCCACUUGAGGAGGAUGAUGGGGGGGCGAAGGAGGACAAGGCAGAUAGAGAGAUGCAGGAGGAGCCAGAUGAAGACUCCCAAUGUCUGAGUGAUGACACUGAUACAGAGAUCUCCACACAGGACGCAUGGCAGUGCACAGAGUGCAGGAAAUACAACAUCCCUCUCCAGAGGUACUGUGUUCGCUGCUGGGCUCUACAGAAGAACUGGUACAAAGAUGUCCCUCGACUUGCUCAUUCCCUUUCUGUUCCUGACAUCCCGGCAUGCAGCUCUCUCAUUACCCAUGAUGAGGAAGAUGACAGCGACACAGGCAUUGACGUCCCAGACUGCAGCAGGAUGGUCUCUGAUCCCGUUAUCCUUCCUUCUCAUUCCACCGCUGACCGACCACUUCCAACCAGAGUUAUGGGGAAAGGCAAAGGGCCAAGGCCGUCUGGCUUCCACAAGGAUGAGCAGCUCUCAGAAGCGGAGAGUCAAGAGAAUCUGGGCAUGGAGGUUGAGGAUGUUAGGCCUGAGGCACUGCUGGAGCCUUGCAAGCUCUGUCGAGUGCGGCCACGUAACGGAAAUAUAAUACACGGACCCACUGCUCACCUGCUUACCUGUUUUCCAUGUGCAAGGAGGCUACAUAAGUUCCAGGCUCCUUGCCCUGGAUGUGGGAAGAUAAUCCAGAAGGUUAUUAAGAUAUUCAUCCUGUGAACGGUAUACGACCCAUCUGUAAGGUUCUGGGGACCUGAAAAGAAAAAAACAAAAAACCACUUCAACCACAUUCAACCAUACAGCUGCAUGGCUCCUAGUAACAGUCUCUGCUUGUAGACUCAUACUCAUAAAACCUCUGCACCUUACUCUGGAAAUCUACAAAGAUGUAAACAAAAGUAUAGCACUUGGUAAAGCUUGCGCAGUUGCAUGGUUUAUUUGUAUCACACUGCCUCUGAAGUAUUGUUAGACAAAACCUCAGACUCAAGAGUUCACUAUACAAAAUGCUUGUUUUGGUGCCACAUUUAAAUAAGGGAUAUACAAAGGCAGAAGUAUUUAUUUAUUACAAGAUCACAUAGACACACAGUUUGUGUGAGCUUUUAUUUGAUCUCAUGAAGGCUUUCGUUUUCCUGAAACUUUGGGUUUUUGUUUUGCUUCUUUUUGUAAUUUGUUCUUGCAGUGCAGUUUUUGAGUGCUGGUAUUUAAGGUGUGGCGUUUCUUUUUGUUUGAUUGUUUUUCAUGAAUUUACUUUCUCCAUCUGAGCGUUAAUGGUAGAGUAAUCAAUGCAGGUAUGCGACUACAAGGCAAGUCUUUUUAAGCUGUUUUUGUAUUUUUUUUGUUUUGUUUUAAAGCCCUCCUGCAUCUCCUUAUGUAAAAUGGCUCUGAAAUUUAAGUUUUGAAGAGGCUGAAGGAAGAAACAGAGUCUUUAAAAACUUAUGAAAGUUUCCUCCUAAAACCGAUGACCUCUCAGCAUAUGUGAAUGUAUUGUUAAAUACAAAGGUGACUUAAUUCCUGCUUUUCUCAAACAGAAUAGUAAAAAGUAGAGUUGAAUAUAAACAAUGCACAGCUGAAGUAUUAACUGUAAUUGUUCUCUCGUGAUUUGAUAAUAUGUAUUCAGUAUGUACAAUUGUCAAACCUCUGAUGACAGCUAUGCUUGCAGUAAGUUAUGUUACAAUGUUGAUUCAUGUUUAAAUGUUAUAAUUUGGAAAGAGUGCUUUACAUCCUUUUCUGGAACGUAUUUUGAGUGAACAGUUUAUGCAUAUUUUGUAUUUAAUUUAUUUAUUCUGUUUUACUUGUGACCACCUCCUAGCAAACAGAAAAUGGUGCACUUGUUAAAGAAUAUAAUGUGUAAUUUGCAUUUAAUUUACUGAAGAAUGGAGAAACAGGAAACUGGCCGAGUUACCAGAUGUACCCUCAGUGAAAAUGACUGCACAGUACUUACUGGGAGCCAGGGGUUUGAUUUUAAGCGUUACACUGCCAUGUAAUGACUUCACACAGAAAUUUGUAUAUUAUAAAUUUUAUUUUGUCUGUUCAGCUUUGUUUAAAGAUUGUAUUGCUGGACCUCAUAGAUACAACUACUUUUGAGUGUGUGAGCUCCCUAUAAAUAAAUACAUUAUGUUCUUUAUAAUUCAUUAAUUUUUUUUUUUUUGAAUUUGGUUCUGCUUAUUGUAGAGUGUAUAAUUAAUGUUUGAGCUGCUGUUUACUUGCGCUUAAUCUUUCCACCAGCAGGUGGAGAGAGGUUUCAGUCUCGUUGCUGUUGCCUACAGAAACUGUACAGUCCCUGUAAUAACUUGUAAUGAAUAUGUAGCGCAUGCCUCUUGAUCUUGAGAGCUAUAUUAGCCAUGUAAAUGGUAUAAAAGGUUAAUUUUAGCCUGUAAUAAAUAUUAGCAUUGUACUUCAAGGAAAAAAAAAAAGACAUCCAGUAUAUACAGACCUCAUUUAAAUGAAACACUUUAUACCAGUGACACUGGUUCAGAUUAACAGGUUAACCUAAUUCUGGCAAUUUGUGGCAUUAAGAUCAUAAUGUGGUUAAACAUGGUACAGCUUAUAUAGGUUUUUUUUUUCCCCCCGUUAUGGAAUAAACAUGUUUUGUUA